CUGGUCGUUAACAUUCAAUGGUGCCGUCACCGCCAAAAUUGUGAGUAAGAGAUUUUCUCUUCGUCGGUGUAACUCUCUAGUGGAAAUGCCUUCAGCCUACCCUUCCCCAGGAGUGCUGGGUCUCGUAUGUCUCUUUAGUGGAAUGGUGACUGCCGCGCUUUGGAGAGCAAUCACCUACCCAUUUCGCUCUGACUGCGCCUCCACCUUCCACAAAGAUGUGUUUUUCGCCGCUCUUCGCACGAUGCUCCACCGCAUCACCAUUGCCCAAUCGCGAUAUUUGAGUCCCUCUACUACCACUACCUACCUGAACUUCUGCAAAGAGAAGACGCUGGGGCCAGUCACGCUUCGGUGCAGUAGGGAGGAUGGCACGACUGUACUGGCGCAUUGGAUAGGGAGUCCUGACGCCGAAGUCGUGGUGUUGUACUUGCAUGGAGGAGGCUACACACAGCCUGCUACUGCCGGCUACUGCCACUACUGGCAUCACCUCACUGAGGUAUCGAAUGCUUUAGGGAAGGCGCGGUCGGCGUCGGCGUUGCUGUUGGAGUACUCACUGGCUCCGUACGAGAGAUUCCCUAUCCAACUCACGGAAGUCGUAGCUGUCCUCCUGGAACUUAUUAAUGAACGCCGGAGAUCUCCCUCCACUAUCAUCCUAUCUGGAGACUCGGCAGGUGGCGGUCUCGCCCUGUCUCUGCUAUCGCAUCUUCUGCACCCUCAUCCCGAAGUGCGCCCGAUUAAACUCUCUGGACCCUUAUGCGGAGCCCUUCUCUUUAGCCCCUGGGUUAGCUUCCAAACGGACCACGACAGCGUCACUCGCAAUGCGAACAAGGACAUGAUCGUUCCCACUAUGCUCAGAAGAUGGGCUGCCAUGUAUCUAGAUAAAUCAAACGAGGAUCCGGAAACGGACCCGGGGGCUGUCCACGGAGAUUCCUACUCGGAACCCGCGAGCAAUGAUGCAACUUGGUGGGAAGGGAUGCACCGCAUUGUGAGCGACGUGUUUGUUUGGUCAGGGGGUGACGAGGUAUUUGCUGAUCCAAUCAAGGACUUUGGAGUUGGGUUCAAGAAGGGCUGGACCGAGGGAGGCGGGGAGGCUGAAAGGGCACUGUUUGUGGAAACUCCCCGACGCUCUCAUAUCGAGCCGAUUAUGGGCUUCAUGAUCGAUAGGCAAAAGAAUGGCGAUGACCAGGAGGCUGUGGAGGUGUGGCUGAAUGGGAGACUUGAGAAGUGAGGAACCCGAUUGAUUCGUCCGGGCCGGCGACCGCACCUCGGGGCCGAGCGAACCUCAACCUUCUCCGAAGGAAUGCCAAGCAUCGUCGUACAACCUCUCAAACUUAUUUGACC